UUUUCAAAUAUUUUAUGGGAAGUUUUUUUGUAAUAUAUUUACUUAAAAUAUUUGGAAGCAUAAAUGAUAGUAAACGAAAAGAAGAAAAACGAAAAUAGAAAACGUAAAAAAACGGGGUUGUGGCUUCGUGCACGUCUGGGCCGGCCAUUUAGGGACGCGUCUCAAGGGAGAGCACGCUAGGUCUCGCUGUAAGCGAGACAUAGUGUUGCCCCGGCUCUUCUUGGAAUACCCGUGGGCGAUGCGCGUUGGGCUGGGUCGCGUCAUGGCGCUCGUGCGGCCUGAAGAGCCCAAUCGGAGCCCUGGACAGACACGAGACAGACUCCAUCGAUCGUGGUUUGGUUCGUCGGACACCGACUAUAAUAACACGGGGACGAUGAAUCCAAUCGAAAACGAAAAGUACCCCAAAUUGCUCAGCUAGAUCGCGCGAUGGCAACUGCCGGCGAGGAAGAUCGGUUCACCGUUACGUCUGACGAGGAGGACGAGGUGGUGGUGGCAGCGACCACGCCGGCGCGCUGCGAGGAGGAGGCUCCUCUUCCUCCUAAGGCCGGUUCGCAGGAGAAGGAGGCAGCGAUCAUGCCAGGGUGUCAUGGUCGACAGAAGGGGUUUCCUAAGGCCGGUUCGCAGGGGGGGCAUGGCAAGUGCAAGGACUGCCCUCUUCCUCCGGCGAAGAACAUGAUGUCUGAAGAGGAGGUGAGGUCCAUCCUGUCGUGGAAAAGGACUGCCCCCUUCGACCGAAAGAAGAGCAAGGACGCCGGUUUCUUCAACAAGUUGAGGGACGAAAACUUCAAGUACCAGCGGCAGAUCAGGGAUGAGUUUGAGGAGAAGGGCUACGUGGAGAUCCCUGACAACUUCCGGGAAGACAACAAGCGAAUCAACCAUGAAGCUCACAGGAGGGCGUACCUGAAGGUGUUUGGCACCGAACCGCCAGCUAAGCUCUAGAUCGGAGGAGCACUGUUAUUUCACCGUCUAUCUAUCCCUAGUAGUUGGGCCAGUGCUAGGCGCCGGCGCACCGGCCCAAAUUUGGGCCGGUCGGCUGUCGAACGUACGAUAGAGCUUCUUUUAACCGUAGGAUACAACCUUUCUCCGUCCCUCAAAAAGUCAAACGCGAAUGAAAAGUGGAUCGAGGGGAAAAAGGCAGCGAACUAGCUCAGCCACACUAGCCGGCCGGACUCCGCGCGUGCUCACCGGCCGCCCGCACUUGUCCUUGGUUUUUCGUGCUUGCCGGCCACCCGUGCCACCACGCCCGCCAGCCGCGCUCGCCGGUCGCUUGUGCCACGCUCGCAACAAAAAACAGACUAUGGUUGUAGCAAAAAUAGAUUACAGUGGUAGCAAAAAUGUUCGUCGUCGAUGCUCGCCAGCGACGCUGGCAACAAAAUUACCCAAGGUAGAUGUGAGUCAACGUCCCAUUGGAUCCUUUGAAAAAUGCUGGUUCCAGCAAAAAAAAAACUACGAUGAUAGCAAAAGACGUUUCCAGCAAAAAUAAUCUCAGAGAAACAAAUCUGGAAAAAGAUCGAUUGUAGCAAACAAAAAAGCCAGUUCCAACAAAAAAAACACUGGUUCCAGCAAAAAGUUCUUCCCAGCAAAAACACUGCUGGUCGAUUGUAGCAACAGAAAAAGCCGGUUCCAGCAAAAUUUGAUGAUGGUUCUAGCAAAAAAAAAAUCUCAUCACCAAAUAUAUGUGUCGAUUGUAGCAAAGAAAAGAACUACUUCCAGCAAAAAUCGCUGUCGGAUGCAGCUCCUCGUCACCGCGGUUGCAGCUCCAUGAAGCUGGGGUUGCAAGUCCUGUCGCCGCCGGGAGCAUCAAGUCAUGGCACCUCGUCGCAGAAGCGAGGCCCCCAGUUGCAUCCACUGCCUGUCUCCACGCGUAUGCGCUGCUCCUCUGCACGCGGCGCCGAUGGUCGCUGAGGCCGGCGCCAGCGGUGGCCUUGUAGCACCCGUGGUAGUCGUCCCGCGUUGCCGCCGGUGACCGCAUCUGCAGCAGCCAAAAAGGUGGGCGGGGAGAAGAACGAGAGAGGAUAUGCAUCAUGUGUGAGAGAGAAGAAAGUGGCUGAGGACUCUCCGCGUGAAGAGAUAAGAUAAGGUCCAGGCAAAGCGAUGGGCAGUUGCUGGAGCAAUAAGGACGGUUGAUUUGCAUCUGAUCUAACGACGUGCUCUUGGCCGGCUGAACUUUCGGCCGGCGUGCCGGUUUCAAACGUUUCCCUAGUAGUUGUGACUGGAGAACAACUAUAGUUUGCACUUUGCAGUAUUUGUAUGUACUAUUAAUAUCUGCACUAAAAUUUCCAUCUACCUUAUCUGCCUGUCAUGCACUCAUAUGUUGGAGCAAUCUCUCUAUGUUAUUACUCCCUUCCGAAGUGUAUUUCCCUCUGUUCCUUUAUAUAAUAAGUUGUAUUUUUCCCCAAAAUUUUCAUAAUGUAAGGUGUGUGUUUUUCUUUUUUCUCUCAGUUUUCUGUGCGUGCCCUUCCACCAUCCAGUACAUGCCUCUCAUAAGAAGUACUACUACGUAGUCCCCAAUAGGAAGGUAGUAAAAA